AUCCAAUCUCACGUCUCUUCCCCAUGUAAAUUUCCCGCGAAUGCCCCAUACUAAAACAAAGAACUCUUCCGCCCCGAAGGACGCAGACUUAUUACGUCGAUCAUGGCCAGCAAGGAGGAGCAUAACGACGACGAGAUCCGCGAGCAGGACCGUUUCCUGCCGACGGCCAACAUCUCUCGUAUCAUGAAAGUGUCGCUGCCUUCCACGGCCAAGAUCGCCAAGGACGGCAAGGAGACAGUGCAGGAGUGUGUGAGCGAGUUCAUCUCGUUCAUCACGAGCGAGGCCAGCGACAAGUGCCAGCAGGAGAAGCGCAAGACCAUUAACGGUGACGACAUCAUUUGGGCCAUGAGCACACUGGGCUUCGACUCGUAUGUGGAGCCACUGAAGCUUUAUCUGCAGAAGUACCGUGAGUCGGUCAAGGUGGAGAAGAACGACAAGAAGGACAAUGUGGGGUCAUUCGGCGCGUCCUCGUAGACGUAUACAGUGACUUGAAGACAGCGCAGUGGUCUGUAGCGAUAAGAGGACGCAGUAAAUACACAGAAAAAGACAGAAAGGUAACGCUAUUGGUUGUUACUACGGGCUUUCUGCAGUAGUUGCAGCAUUUUGAGCUUGUUCUUCCUGCUGGCAGCUUGGAGACACUCGACGACAGUGUCGCCGUAAUUGUCUCGGAUACGAGGGUCGGCACCUGAUGACAGGAGGAUACUGACACAGGAGACGGCCUCGCGCACGAUGGCUACAUGUAGAGCAGUCCAGCCGUUGAUCUGGUCGAUGGCGUUCACUUCGGCUCCUUUUUGGAGAAGAAACUUCAAGAUCUCGUCGUGAUUUUGAGACGCAGCCCAAUGUAACCCGCUCCAGCCAUGCUGAUCCGCGAUGUUGGCGUCGACGACUUCAUCGUUGAGCAUGUCUCGGACUUGGUACUUGUCGGCACGAUAUACUGCGCGCAUAAAUUCCUUGCUCUCGUUAGACUCCCUCGGAGUUGUCCGUGGAGGAGGCUCGUAGCUCUCUUCUUUAUCCGCAGGUUCCUCCUCUUCAGAUUCCACGAUCUCUUUCUGCUUCUUGUUUUUUGUUGGAACGUCAUCUUCAAAGCUCGAAUAGCCUUCGUCGUCACUCUCCUUGUCACUGUCGGCAUCUGCAUCGUCGCGCUUCACAUUGCUAGUUUCUGCCACUUUGUUUUGCAGUAUUUGUGCAGCUUGUUGCUCCUCCU